UUACUUCAAUAACAUCAUAUAUUUGUAUUAUUUUAUACGUUGUGCUAUAGGGAAAGUAUAUUUAUUGGCUGAAUCAUACUAAGAGGAAGUGAUAUAUGAGUUUACAAGUCAACCUUAAACUAACCAACGUAUUACACGAGAUUUUCGCCAGGAACAACAUUUCCUUCUUUUUUUUUUUUUUUUUUGUCUGUUAUACCAUAUUUCCUUUAUUUGACUAACGCAAUUUCCCUCUUGUUACGUGGGAAAGUGGAUUUUAAAUUCUAUAAAUAGUUGUAUCUAAUGUUACUUCUCUUCAUUCACAAAACAUUCUCUUCAAUAUCAAACUACUCAAACAUGAAGUUUCCUAUUGUUGUUUGUAUGAUGAUCUUGUGGGCAUGUGCUUACACAGCCAUGUCUCGAACAUUGUAUGAAUCAUCUAUUGUUGAAAAACAUCAGCAAUGGAUGACGAAACAUGGUCGCACAUACACAGAUAGUUUCGAAAUGAAAAAACGCUUUGAAAUAUUCAAAGAGAAUUUAGAAUAUAUAGAGAAAUUUAACAGUGCUGGUAACAAGAGUUACAAGCUUGGCUUAAAUCCAUAUUCUGAUUUAACUAGUGAAGAGUUUAUUGCUUCACAUACUGGAAUUAAGAUUCCAAACCAACUGUCUUCCUCCAAGUUGGGGUCAAAUGCAGUACUGUUCGAUGUUAAUGGUGAUGUUCCAACAAAUUUUGACUGGAGAGAACAAGGAGCCGUCACUGAUGUUAAGAACCAAGGCAGAUGUGGAUGCUGCUGGGCAUUCUCAGCUGCGGCAGCUGUAGAAGGUAUUACGCAAAUCAAAACCGGUAAGUUGAUCUCAUUGUCUGAGCAACAAUUGCUUGACUGUGAUCAACAGAGCCGAGGGUGUAAAGGAGGUGAUAUGGAUAAUGCCUUCAAAUCUAUAAUACAAACCAACGGUAUCGUUAGUGAAGCGGAUUAUCCAUACCAAGAAGUUCGUCAAACCUGCCAAAUAAAUGAUCAGAGGACAACCGCAGCUCAAAUAACUAGUUUCGUAGAUGUACCUGCUAAUGAUGAACAGCAACUACUACAAGCUGUAGCACAACAACCAGUAUCAGUUGGGAUCGGUAUCGGUGAUGAAUUUCAGUCAUACAGGGAAGGGGUAUAUUCAGGAACAUGUCGAACACCCUUGAACCAUGCAGUUACAGCGGUUGGUUAUGGAGUAACGGAAGAUGGAACAAAGUAUUGGUUGAUUAAGAAUCAAUGGGGUAAAGAUUGGGGUGAAGGAGGCUACAUGAGGGUGUUGAGGGAAAAUGGUGAACCUCGAGGUCAAUGUGGCAUUGCUGCACAUGCUUCUUAUCCCACUAUAUAGUACUUUUAAAUAGUUCUUGUUGUGUUGCUAUAAGUAACUAUAACUGUCCUACUUUGUCUAUGUUUUCCUUUUUCUGAAGCUUUUCCCUUCUUCGUGUAUGUGUGUGCUUCUAUUGUGAUGAAAUUCAGCUUAUAUAUAUAUCAAUCAAAGAAACAUUA